AUGGCGAGCACAAUUUCAGAUUCAGAAGGCACGCUACAAUUGCCUACCAGAUGCUGGGAAUCUCCGCAAGACAGUGCUAUCACCCGAGACAUCAAUCGAACGUUCCCUGCUCAUGAUUAUUUUAAAGAUACUGGGGGAGAUGGCCAGGACUCCCUGUACAAAAUAUGCAAGGCCUACUCUGUCUAUGAUGAAGAGAUUGGUUACUGUCAAGGCCAAUCAUUUCUUGCUGCUGUGCUGCUUCUACAUAUGCCUGAGGAGCAAGCUUUCAGUGUUCUGGUCAAAAUCAUGUUUGAUUAUGGACUCAGGGAACUUUUCAAACAAAACUUUGAAGAUUUGCAUUGCAAGUUCUAUCAGCUGGAGCGCCUCAUGCAGGAAUACAUUCCUGAUCUGUAUAACCACUUUCUGGACAUUAGCCUUGAAGCGCACAUGUAUGCUUCCCAGUGGUUCCUUACACUGUUCACUGCAAAAUUCCCUCUCUACAUGGUCUUCCAUAUUAUUGACUUACUCUUGUGUGAGGGAAUAAGUGUUAUCUUUAAUGUUGCACUGGGAUUAUUAAAAACUACCAAGGAUGAUUUGUUACUUACUGACUUUGAAGGGGCUUUAAAGUUCUUCCGUGUACAGCUGCCCAAGAGGUACCGUUCAGAAGAAAACGCAAAAAAGCUGAUGGAAUUAGCAUGUAAUAUGAAGAUUAGCCAGAAGAAACUGAAGAAAUAUGAAAAGGAAUAUCAUACCAUGAGAGAGCAGCAAGCUCAACAGGAGGAUCCUAUAGAAAGAUUUGAGCGUGAGAACCGGCGCCUACAGGAAGCAAACAUGAGGCUUGAGCAAGAAAAUGAUGAUCUUGCACAUGAACUGGUGACCAGCAAGAUUGCUCUGCGAAAAGAUUUAGACAAUGCAGAGGAAAAGGCAGAUGCUCUGAAUAAGGAACUGCUAAUGACCAAACAGAAGUUGAUUGAUGCAGAAGAAGAAAAGAGGCGCCUAGAAGAAGAAUCGGCUCAG